CAGCUGGCUGCGUCAUCACUGAUUGCCGGGUCCAACGUUACGUAUGAAGGCCGCGACUGACUGCCCGACUUUGGUUGAGGUUGAGCCGCUUUCGCCGGUGUUGGUGGUGGUAAUCGGUUUCCUCGCCAGCGCGGUGCCGAAGCUCCGGGGCUGCCCAUGAACGGCACCAUGGCCGCAUCCUCACACCGGAUAAUGCUGGGGCCGCUGGUUGCUGCCAUCGACCAGGGAACGAGCUCCACUCGGUUUCUGGUGUUUAAUUCAAAAACGGCAGAGCUCCUCAGCCAUCAUCAGGUGGAAAUCAAACAGAGCUUCCCCAAAGAAGGAUGGGUGGAGGAGGACCCCAAAGAAAUUCUGCAGUCGGUGUACGAGUGCAUGGAGCGGACGUGUGAAAAACUCACCCAGCUCAACAUAGACAUCUCAAACAUUAAAGCUAUCGGAGUGACCAACCAAAGAGAGACCACACUUGUUUGGGACAAAGAGACCGGGGAGCCCCUCUACAAUGCAAUCGUUUGGCUGGACCUGCGGACUCAAUCCACAGUUGAACGUCUAAUUAACAAAACGCCAGGAAGGAAUAAGAACCACUUGAAGCAUAAAACAGGGCUCCCCAUCAGCACUUACUUCAGCGCAGUGAAACUUCGCUGGCUGAUGGACAACGUGGACGAGGUCCACAAAGCCGUCGUGUCUCACCGCGCCAUGUUCGGCACCAUCGACUCCUGGCUCAUUUGGUGUUUGACGGGGGGCAAGUCGGGCGGAGUCCACUGCACAGAUGUGACCAACGCCAGCAGAACUAUGCUGUUUAACAUUCACACUAUGGACUGGGACCCAGAACUUUGCAAAUAUUUUGGUAUUCCCAUGGAGAUCUUGCCCAGAGUGAGGAGCUCUUCAGAAAUAUAUGGCCUAAUGAAAAUAUGUUCUAGCCGGAAAUCAGGAGCUCUUUCAGGUAUUCCCAUUUCAGGGUGUCUCGGGGAUCAGUCAGCCGCACUGGUUGGACAGAUGUGUUUUCAGGACGGGCAAGCUAAAAACACGUAUGGAACUGGCUGCUUUCUCCUGCGAAACACUGGAGCCAAGCCUGUAAUGUCUGACCACGGCCUUCUGACCACCGUGGCGUACAAACUUGGUCGGGACAAACCUGCCUGUUAUGCGCUGGAGGGCUCCGUGGCCAUCGCAGGAGCUGUGGUUCGUUGGCUGCAGGAUAACCUCGGCAUCAUCGGAUCGUCGGAAGAGCUCGAGAAGUUGGCCGCAUCAGUCGGUACAUCCUACGGUUGCUACUUUGUUCCUGCGUUUUCAGGUCUCUAUGCACCUUACUGGGAGCCUAGUGCAAGAGGGAUCAUAUGUGGUUUAACUCAGUUUACUAAUAAGAGCCACCUCGCAUUUGCUGCGCUGGAAGCCGUCUGUUUCCAAACACGAGAGAUACUGGACGCCAUGAAUCAGGACAGCGGCAUCCCGCUAACUCAGCUCCAGGUGGACGGAGGAAUGACGUCCAACAGGCUGCUGAUGCAGCUGCAGGCUGACAUUCUCUGUAUCCCCGUCGUGAAGCCGUCUAUGCCCGAGACCACAGCACUCGGUGCAGCGAUGGCAGCCGGGGCGGCGGAGGGCGUGAGCGUGUGGAGUCUGAACCCCGAGGACCUGAGUGAAGUUACAUCAGAGAAGUUUGAGCCUCAGAUCAACCCUGAAGAGAGCGAGUUUCGGUACGCACGGUGGAAGAAGGCGGUUCAAAAAUCCAUGAACUGGGAGACGACGGAACCUGUUGGAAAUGGAAACGGUGAAACUAGUAUCUUCAGCAGCGUCCCACUGGGCUUCUACAUCAUGGGCAGCAUGUUGAUGUUAAUCGGUGCAAAAUACAUAGCAGGCCACACCUAGGCUCAGACUCCCGGAGCCAUCAAAUGGAAAGUGGAAACGAUCGCUCUUCACGCUGGACCACCUGUACUCUAUUGCACUGUUUUUCCAAAAGGCAUUCCAGAAGAAGGACGUUGAUGAUGAAUCUUACCACUGACUGGAAAAGCAGGACAAAUUUGAACUGACUUUUCUUUAUCGUUCUCAUCGUUUUUUUUUUUUUAAUCUAUUUUUCUUUACAGCAGACAAGAGCACAUUGUUACAUUGGACAUGAAUUUUAGCAGGAGUGCGCAUGCAUUGUUUUUUUUGUUGUUUUUUUUUUUUUUUUUCACUGGUGAUACAGUAUGAACUCUGAGCUUAUUUAUGUAGAAACUCUCAUGACGGUAGUUCAGGUUGUUAUCUUUCCACAGUGGUGUUUAAUGAAACUCACUGUCUAUUUUGCAUUACUUGUUGUAAUUCGAUAUGUCACUGUUAUCACUUGAAUGUUCUUCCAACAGUCAUUUUGUGAUGUUUUUGCUUUGUCUCAUGGGAGCGGUGUACUAACAAGAGUCUAUACAUAUAUAUAUAUAUAUACAUAUAUAUACAUAUAUAUAUAUAUAUUUAUUUAUUUUGUAACAGUUGGGAUUAAGACACAUAAAGUUAGAAAACAAGGGAAGGAAGGAACAGGGGUUAAUGAACUGACAAGUUUGCUUUUUGAUGAAAUUGACAUUCUUUUACAUACACGAAUGUUUGUAAAAAUUCAAUGUGUAUGUUGCGUAACGGGCAAACAUGCGAUGAAGGGCAAUGAUAAGCAACUGGCACACAAUUUUGGAUUUCUGUGUUCACACAAUAUAUGAAGGCAUUCUAGGAUUAAACGGGCAAAUGUAAAUAGGUUUAUUUCUGAAUUUGACGGAAGCCAGGAAACUAAGAACACAGUUAGGGGAUAAAAUCUUAAGCAGUUGGUUAAUGUUUAAUUUAUCUUGUAGACAAGAUGUCGGUCUGAAGGUUUUUUUUUUUUUUUUUUUUUUUUUUAAGGCCUGUCACGGUUGUCAGACUGGGCCUUGUUGCUCCUCUUGUGAAUCUCUCUGUUAUGUUUUGUGUGUUUUCUGGACCUGAUUAUUAGUUUUUAUUUUAAAAAAAAGCCAAACCAACAAAAAAAAACAAGGUUAAGAUUCACUUUUAUGAAUUCAUUGGUUAUUCAAUUCACAAGUCACAUGCAAAAAUCUUAUGUUGAACAAAUCAAAUGCAAGUGUUUCAUAUGCACCCUCACAGAUGACUCAUGAAGCAGUUUCAUUGCACUAAAAUGUUGAGAGUAAAUUAUUUAAUUCAGAGGGAGCUUUAUGAAACCAUAGAGCUCUUUAUCUAGUUCCCUUUAGUGUAUAGUCAAGGUUGGAAGAGAUAACCUUGAGGAAGUAGAAGUGUGUAAAUGAAUGUCAGUAUUUAUUAUAUUGCCCAACAUUCGUCAUGUUUGUCUACUGUGUGGAUCAGAAACCGAAAGAAAGCCGGCGCUUCUGUUUGAUGGAGUUGUAAUGGGUGUUUUAAGAAAUGGUUUAACGUUUGCUCUGGAUAAUUAAGCAUUUAUUUAUUGAAUUAUACAGUCCACGAGAGGUAUGAAAUAACUCGGUGUUCUUUUGGGAUAUAAAGACAAUUUACCAGUGGAUAUUUAUUUCAAUGGAUUGAAAUGAAUGGAAAUGUCAUCUUGCUGCGUACAAUCCCGUUGAGCUUCUUAGUACAUUAAAGGGACAUUUAAGCCCAAGUUUGAUGUUCCAGAUAUUCUGACCUUUAAAAAGUUUGUGGCUUAUUUAUGAAGAGCAAGGAGGAAAUGUAGAACAGGCAUUACUGGGUUGGAAAUGCGAUGGCUUCAAAAUGACGAAACUGCGUGUAUGUCGUCGGUUCUUGCGUACCGAUACAGGUGUUACGGGAGAAUAAAUGUCAACAAAAAUGAA